UACUCUUCAGUAAAAGGCCUCAAAACAGACUUUACCCCCACAUACCAUUGGCUGAACUUGCCCCUCCCCGAACACUUUCGGGGUAGAAUGCACCGCUUUCCACACUUUAAUUUUUGGAUUUGCUGCAGAAGUAUUUGUCUUAAAAACAUCAAUAAUGCAUAAAGUUUGUUCUCGGCUGCACGGCCCGUCUGUGUUCGGGAAAACAGACCCGUGGAAUUCAGUGGAUGCGUGUGUCAGAUUCCACAAAGUUGGCGGUGUGUUUUGUCAAAAAUCAGCUGUGAAACACCCACCACCUGUGCUGCCCCAGAUUCCCCCAUGUGACUUUAAACCUGAGCCGUAUCAGGGCAUGUCUAAAGACCAUUUACUAUACAUAAGGAAAAACAACUGCAACCCCAUGACUAUGAAGGUAACAUACUACAAGAAGCCAGUCUUCAUAAACCAGGGUUACAUGCAGUGGCUGUGGGACAUGGAUGGAAGACGCUAUCUGGACUUGUUUGCAGGGAUCGUAACUGUUAGUGUAGGACAUUGUAACCCGAAAGUGACAGAGACGGCCGAGAAACAGCUGAGGCGUCUGUGGCACGUGACAGCCAUCUAUGUGUAUCCACAAAUGCAGGAGUAUGCAGAGAAACUGGCCUCUCUUUUGCCAGACCCAUUGAAGGUUGUCUAUUUUACCAACAGUGGCUCGGAGGCUAACGACCUCGCAGUACUAAUGGCCCGGCUUCAUACAGGAAACUUUGAUGUCAUCACACUGAGGGGAUCGUAUCAUGGUGGCAGUCCACAAGCGACGGGCCUGACGUCCAACGCAGAUUACAAAUAUCCCAUCCCUUCUUCUAUGGGCUGCCAUAAUACCAUGUGUCCGGAUGUGUUCAGGGGCCUCUGGGGAGGAAGCCACUGUAGAGACUCCCCAGUUCAAACCAUCCGAGAAUGCAGCUGCUCCCCAGGUCAAUGUCAGGCCAAUGACAUGUAUAUUAGUGAGCUCAAAGAGAUGUUCGCAACAACCGUUCCCAAUCGUAUUGCUGCUUUCUUUGCGGAACCCAUCCAGGGUGUUGGUGGGGCUGUUCAGUUCCCAAAAAACUACCUGAAAGACACCUACCAGCUUGUUCGGGAGAAAGGAGGCAUCUGUAUAGCAGAUGAGGUCCAGACUGGCUUUGGCCGCACAGGGAGCCACUUUUGGGGUUUCCAAGGACAUAAUGUCCUUCCAGACAUGGUUACCAUGGCAAAGGGCAUAGCGAACGGCUUCCCAAUGGGGGCUGUAGUGACCACAGCAGAGAUUGCCAGGUCAUUUGGGAAGGGAGUUCAUUUCAACACAUUUGGAGGAAACCCAUUAGCCUGUGCCAUCGCCUCAUCAGUGCUAGAUACAAUAAAAGAGGACAUGAUGCAGGAGAACAGUGCUGAAGUGGGGACGUAUCUGCUGACUGAAUUGGCCAAGCUCAGGGACAAGUACGAGAUCAUUGGUGACGUGAGAGGAAAAGGUCUUCUAAUCGGGGUGGAGAUGGUCAAAGACAAGGCCAGCAGGGACCCGCUUCCUCCUGAGGCCAUGGCUGAGAUCUUUGAGGACACUAAAGACAUGGGCGUACUGAUUGGAAAAGGGGGACUGUAUGGACAGACUUUCAGGAUCAAGCCUCCUAUGUGCAUAACUAAAGACGACGCAGACUUCUUCCUCGCUGUGUUCAACCAGGCAGUGCAAAACUACAUGGAGAAAAGAUAAGACAUGCAGAACAUGAAGACGACACACUGGCUCAUAUUUCAUCUGGAGAAUUAUACGAUCACACUUUAAAGUCCAAUUCUCACCAUUAACAAACCAUUAAUGACUUUUGCCUCUAAACUCCUAAUUUGCUGCUUAUUAAUAGUUAGUAAUGUAGUUGUUAAGUUUAGGUAUCAAGUAGGAUUAGGGAUAUAGAAUACGGUCAUGCAGAAUAUGUGCUUUAUAAGCACUAACAAACAGCCAGUAUGUUAAUAAGGCAUGCCAAUAAGCAACUAGUUAAUAGUGAGAAUUGGUCCUUAUACUAAAGUGUUACCAAUUAUACAUUACAUAACAGGUCUGGGCAGUUCAUCUAAAGGCAACUAACACAAUUUCACACUCGCAUUCCUUAAUGUAUGAGAGCGGUUCUCAUUGAGCCCUCUCUCACUUCAGUCAUUGAUUUGAGUACACUAUACUUCAGAAACCUAGCACCUAGCACAAGGUAUUUAGAAGCACUUGAGCUUUGUCUCUGUGGCCUUGGCUGACCAUCAAAGACCAAAUCAUUUAUUGGGACUAGUUUUACUUUCAAAUCAUUUAGGAGAACUCUUUAAUUAAAAGAAGUGUUGUUGAAAAACGUGAAUAAUGCUAGUCAUGUAAUAAGUAUACUAAUUCAAGAAUCUGUAAAGUCAAAAUUAGUAGGUAUAAAAUUAUUUUAGUAUCUUCUAACAAUACAGCAUGAUAUCCUGCAUCCAAUUGAUUUUAUAUGUUAAAAAUAAAACUCGACUGAUUCCUUUGUGCAAGAAACAAAAAAUCUGGUUCAAACCAACUUUUAAAUUUGGUCAUUGUCUUUAGUGCUGAAAAAUAUAACAAAUAUAAAUAAAUAAAUCUGUUGACCCUUAAAACGUUAUGUGAAGAUAUGGAUAUUUUUGUCCAGUAAAGAAAGCAACUGUAUAUUAAAUAAG